AUGAAGAUUGUCAUUUUACUGUUAUGUUUCUUGCUGGGAACAACAAUUGGAAUGUUGGGAAUAAGCCAAUUCCAUAGACAUCAAAUUCUUGCUAUAAAAUUCGAAAACUGUAACUCGUUAAAACACACAAUUCACAAUUUCGAAAAAGCUUUGCCUAAGAUCUUAUCUUUAAAACACAAUCAAUUUGCUUCUAAUUUUAAUAUGAUAACUUAUUUAUUAUUUAUUACAUUAGCUAAUGAAGUGGAAGAAACAGAAGACAUUGCUGAUUCCGUAGACGAAUUUAACGAUCAAGACGAAGACCCAGAAAUGGAUGAAAGCGAAAUGACAGAAGAUGAGGACGAAGAUGACGAUCAAGAAAGUGACCCAAGCGUAUAUGGAUCAUAUGGUCGCAGUGGUUACGGAUAUUCUGGUUACGGAAACGCUCGCUAUGGAAUCAGACGAGGCAGUGGAAUCGUCGGAAGACGCGUGUUAGUAGGUGGUAACAGAAUCAAUAUUGGUUCCGGUAUUGGUAAAUUGAGGCGGGCUGGAAUCAUUGGAGGACGACGAUUAGGAGGACACAAAGUCCUUAUUGGAUCAGGCCUUGCAGGUAUAGGAUUAGCUGGACGUGGUUUAGUCGGAGGAAAAGGAUACGGAGGAUAUGGAUUGAAUGGAGGCAGAGGAAUCAUCGGGUCAGGUCUUGGUGGACGAGGUUUAGUUGGAAAAAAUGUGCUUGUUGGAGCCGGCCUUGGUGGACACGGCUUAGUACUAGGAAAAUCUCGCAUUGGAGGAAUUCUUGGAGGUCGUGGUUUGGUGAGAGGUCGAUCUGGUCUUGGAAUAAGCAAAUCUAUCGGAACUGGCAAAGGAGUUUCUGUUGGAUAUGGCCCACAUUGGAUUGGUGAUGAAAUGGCAGAAGAUGAAGAAAGUGAUCCAAGCGUAUAUGGAUCAUACGGACGCAGUGGUUACGGUUAUUCCGGUCACGGACGUGUUGGUUAUGAAAUUAGACGAGGUAGUGGAAUCAACGGAGGACGUGUCUUGGGAGGUUUAGGUAAGGUAGGUAUCCGAGGUGGUAAUAGAAUCAUUGUUGGUUCCGGUAUUGGUAAAUUAAGUAGGGUUGGAAUCAUUGGAGGACAAAGAUUAGGAGGACGCAAUGUCUUUAUUGGAUCAGGCCUUGCAGGUGUAGGAUUGGGUGGACGUGGUUUAGUUGGAGGAAAAGGGUACGGAGGAUAUGGAUUGGCUGGAGGAAGAGGAAUCAUUGGAUCAGGUCUUGGUGGGCGAGGUUUAGUUGGCAAAAAUGUUCUUGUUGAAGGUGGUCUUGGAAGACACAAUUUAGUCGGAGUUCGAUCAGGUCUUGGAAUAAGUGGAUCUACUAGAGGAUAUGGACCAUAUGGAGAUGAAUUUGAUGAAUAA